AUGCAGCUGGAGGGGGCCUGCUUCUCUGCGCUGAACGCCGUUGGAGCAAUGCGGCUAGUGUGGGGCGCCACGGCGGCAGUGCUGCUGCUCUCAGCGGUCGCGGGGCUCAGUCAGAGCCGGUUGGACGGCCUGCAGAGCGAGCUCAAGAGUCGCAGCAAGCGCCAACUCUUCGGCGGCAGCAAGCGGAGACAGAACCAGAACCUGUUUCCCGGGAAGAAUGGUCCCAGCUUGAUAUACCAGGGCUUGUACAUCCCGGAUCCCCGCUUCAACUCGUUCGCCGAUGGCAUCAUCACCAACAUGGUGGCGGACAUGCGGGCCUCCAGCCUGGACCCCGUCUACUUCCGGCUGAACAGCCGGGGAACCGUCACGGCGCAUGACACUCGCGGCCGAGACAACUCGGCCAACGCCGCCGGCAUCAGCGCCGCAAUGACCCCGAAAGCGCGCAUGCUGUCUGACCCGGAGGCCAUCCCCGGGGAGGAGCAGGGUGAUGGCUUCGACGCUCCGGAGGAGACAGCCGCAGAGGAACGGCCCCGGCCGGGCGGCGCGCGCCGCGACAAACGGCAGCUGCCGCCGUCUCGCACCUACUCCACGGCUCUGCUGGAGGGUCUGACCAACAUCAACAGGCGCGGCGAUGUUGAGGUGCAGGUGGCCUCUAACGUCACCCUGGUGCGUGGCCGCUGGCUGCUGGGACCGCUGGUAUACCGGGUCAACUUCUACGAGAGCCGAUACGCCACCCGCUCUCUGGCCACCGAGAUACCGCCCAUCCAGAUGGACACCGUCACUCAGAUAUCCUACAUCGGCGCCGAUAUGGCCGACUUUGUGCUGGGCUGUCCACUGAUGGCGUCGCUCCGUUUCCUGGGUAACGUCACGUCCGCCGAUCAGGACAAGGCAAACAAAGCCCUGCACAACCUGUUCCAGUUCAACUCGUUCCUGUACAAGGCGGGGCGCGACUCGUUCGAGUCGGCCAGCUACGCGCGGCUACCGCUGUACAGCUCCACACGAGCGAACGACCCCCACCAGCCGGCGGCGGCCGCCUGCAAGCGUCAACGCUACAUCGUGGACCUCAACUUCAAAGAUGCAAUCAGAGCAUACAGCGAACUCUCGGUCAUAAAUGUCGUAGCCUCUCAGGUCCCAGAAGAGGUGGCGACGGAGCGUCGCUCGUACCCACUGGUCAGCCUGGUCAGCGGGAUGGGCGGCUACAUCAGUCUGCUGCUGGGCGUCUCCGUGCUGUCCCUGGUCGACCUGCUGGCGGCCGGCCUCCGCUGGUGCGCAGCGGCGCUCAGACGGCGCCCUGCGUCCGGUCCAGCCGACAGGAUCAUCGAGGUUCAGUCCUGA